CAGUGUAGUAUGCAGUGUUUUGAGGCGGCUUUUUGCAAAAACUCCAUUUUCAAGCCAACAAAAUCCCGAUCGCUUCUCGUCUCCUCCGACGAGAUUUUCUAGGGUUUUGGUUUCUUUGCGCUCUCUAAAGGAUGGAGAUCUCGAAACUUUUCAAAGAUAAGAAGAUUUGGGCCGCUUCCCUCAUUGUUGUUUGGGCCGUUGCUCUCCAGGGUCACAUGAUGUGGAUCCAGAGGCAAGACGCUUUCAAGCACAAGUUUGGAGAUUUAAGCAAGAACGAGGAAGGGAAUUAAAGUUAUCGUUUUUUUUUCUUUUUGCAAGCUAUUUAUUUCUCAGUCUAUAAGCAUGGCAUGAAUAUGUUUGGAUAUAUCUGUCUCAAAGAUUGAUUACCAUGAUCAUGCUCAGAAAAGAAGUGGUUUCAGAAUGCGUUUGAGUCCCUGUUCUACAAUUUCAUCUCAUGGCAUACAAUAUUAAGUUGAGGUGUUGAGAUUAA